CAACCCCUGGACCGCUCCUAAUCCCGCUGCCAUCCCUCUCGUCUCUUCGCCUUCCCGGGCUGCAGCGGACAGUGGAACCGGCGACGGUGAAAGGCGCCGGAGCCGGUAUCUCUCUCACAUCCGAUCUCCUCGUCCCUCUCCCUUCUCCACCUCUUCGGCCGCCUCCGACCUCCUCGCUCGCCGCUCCGCCGGCCCCCACUCCCUCCGCCCUGCCCCCAGCCGCCGCUGGCACCCGCCCACGCCUAGGCCUCCGCCUUUUAAAUUCUCUUCGCUUCGAGGGAUGGCGUCUCUCAGAGGCCAGAAUGGCUUCUAGCGCUUGGGCCAUGGCAUAUGAAGAGUUUCUCAUGUCAGAUACUGACGAAUUUUUACCUUUGUCACAGGGUUGUUUGCAGAAACUCAAAACGAAGGGCUAGCAUACGAAAAGCCAUGGAUGACUCUCGCUUUCGGCAGGAGAAGGUCCAGAGAUUCGAGGAGUUCGUUGAUCGCCGCCUGAAGCCCGACCUUGUCCAAGCCGUUGCCCAGCGGGACAAGGUCUUCCAGCAGCAGAAGGUCUUCCAAGAUCUCAGGAGGAACAUUGAGAAUUUGGAGAAAAAUGGGGUGACGUCCCUCCGGACCAUGGUCAAUCUGGGGUCUGAAGUCUACAUGCAGGCGGAUGUGCCUGAUACAUGCCACAUAUUUGUUGAUAUUGGAUUGGGUUUUCAUGUGGAAUUCACUUGGUCAGAAGCAUUGGACUUCAUUUCAGUGAGGGAAGCAAGGCUAGCAAGGCAAAUAGAUGAGUACACUCACCUUAUUGCAAACAUCAAAGCUCAAAUAAAAUUGGUUAGCGAAGGUAUUCGGGAGUUGCUUCAAAUACCAGCAGAAUGAUGUGCAUAGCAUUCAAUUUUGAUGGGUCUCUAGCUUUGCUGUUGUUGUUGAUGUUGCAUACAGCAAGAUGGACAACUCAUCUAUGCAGAAGAUAAGCACAGCUUAGGGUUGCUAUACUCUUAGCGAAUACAAUUAUGCAUUUCACAAAUUUUGUACCGUUAGAUAUUCUAACUAAAAUUACAGCAGAUAUACAAGUUUGAUGGAACUGUAUCUACAUGCGAUCCUGCUGGCAAUGCAGAAUUUAAGCAGGGCCAUUUUAUAGUAAAAAAAAAAAAAAACAUGUAUAAUAUUUUAUUAGCUUCUAACUAGUUGGACAUAUUUACUGGAUUGGAUGAUAUUUUAGAAGUAA